GUAGUCUGAGUCGUGUAUUCGGGCCAAUAGUAAUCGUGCGGUGCCUUUGAGAACACGGUACGGUCUCUCGUUAGUCUUGUCUCUCGUGGUGCGUUUUCACACGUCACACGUCGGAAACAAAAAGGGCAAACGAAGGAAAAGAAGGGAACAACGACGAAAGUUACGUCAGAGCACCGCGUCGGUUAAGGAACGAAAAGAUAAAAUCACGAGUUAGCUGUGAGAGCUGUCGCGAAGGGAUCGAGCAACAGAAAGAAGAGCGAACACAAAGAUCCCUAACGCUUCGUAAUCGUUUGUCGCGUCUCUGUUUCCGUACUAUCUUGUUCGAAAGUCGCAGAGAAGCUGCAACUCUUUUUCGGUACCAGAAUUCCGCAGCGGGAGCCGCGCAAGACGAGCAUCAUCAACGCGGCAACAGCAGCAAGCAGCAAUCGGAGAGGAGAACAACGUGGGACGCGUGUCGGCGAAGAACAUCGAAGUCAGAGGUAGAUCCACCGCAACGGUGGAUAGGAUCAUCCUUGUCGAAGACGUCCGAAUAGGUCGUCCGAGUCGGGGUUGGGUUUUAUCAUCGUGGGCGAGCAACAGCGAGCGGAAACGUCGCCAUGCCGGCAGGUAUUGGCGCUUCGUACAGGUCGUUAGGCGACCUGGGCGAAGACGUGUACAAAAGUACAACGAUCGUCGACCAAACACAGACUACCGGGCAGAGCGUCCUCGAGAGUGUCAAGAAGGCUUUCAGUUUCGCCUCGCCCAAGGUCGAGCUAAGGAAAAAGGACCCGCUGAUCGUGGACCGCCGUGAGAGCGUCUCGAUCGUCUCAAGGGAAAGAAACAGGAUGCCGACCGCAGCCACACCCGAGAAAUCUGCUCUUUUGGGCACGAUGCCUUCAGAUAGUAUGGACGACAUUGAACUGAAAAAUAUUCAACUUCAAUUUCCUCCGCUAAGAUGCCUAUCGAGAGACGACAGUUCUGUGCGAGAGGAAAGGGUUGAAACCGACAAAGGGAGUUUGCUGGUGGCUGUGCAAGGGAACCGAGCGAAACCUGCCAUUCUUACUUAUCACGACUUAGGCCUUAACUAUAUAUCGAGCUUCCAGGCGUUCUUUAAUUACAUCGACAUGAGAGUUUUACUCGAAAACUUCUGUGUUUAUCAUGUGAAUGCACCGGGUCAAGAAGAAGGUGCACCCACGCUGCCUGAGGAUUACGUCUAUCCGUCCAUGGAUGAACUGGCUGAACAGUUGCUCUUCGUACUGGGCUAUUUUGGCCUGAAAUCCGUAAUCGGUUUUGGAGUCGGCGCCGGGGCCAACAUACUAGCGAGAUUCGCACUUGCUCAUCCGGAGAAGGUUAAUGCUCUGUGCUUGAUAAACUGCGUGUCGACGCAGGCAGGUUGGAUCGAAUGGGGCUACCAGAAGCUGAACGUUCGUCAUUUGAGGUCACAGGGCAUGACCCAGGGUGUAUUGGACUAUCUGAUGUGGCAUCACUUUGGCAGGGGUACGGAGGAAAGAAACCACGACCUCGUCCAAGUGUACAAGAACUAUUUUGAGCGUCGUGUAAAUCCAACGAAUCUAGCGCUAUUAAUCGACAGCUACGUUCGUCGUACAGAUCUGAACAUCACGAGGGAAUUAGACCCGACGCGUAAGAAGGAAGGUCUGACGCUCGGUGUACCUGUGAUGAAUAUCACCGGUGCUUUGAGCCCACACGUCGACGACACCGUCACGUUAAAUGGACGAUUAGAUCCGAUGAACAGCUCUUGGAUGAAGAUUUCUGAUUGCGGAAUGGUACUGGAGGAGCAACCGGGCAAAGUAAGCGAGGCUUUCCGACUGUUUCUGCAGGGCGAAGGAUAUGUGGUGAGAUCCCCGCGGAAGCCCAUGACGCCGACAACACCCGAAGUGGCACCACUAUCACCGUUGAAAAUGGCUGACUACAGACUGGCUUCCCUCGAAGGACUCAAUCAUGUUUGCAGUAAGAAGAUCGAUUGGCCCACCGCCACUAUACACAUCACCGAGAAUCCUAUAUCGGAGGCAGUCGUUUGUUAAAUUUUUCUCGAGAAAUUCCACAAUUUACCAUUGGUUAUUUUUUUCGAAUGACUAAGCAUGCAAUGAACUCGAAAGAAAAAGAAAAUGAAGAAAACGAAAAAGAAAAACAGAACGACGCAGAUCGAAUCGGACAUCGAUUUUUUUUUCGAGGCUUCGUCGGAGCAACGAUAAACGUGGUUCUAACUUCUAAUUUUCGUUUAUCAAGCUAACAUCGAUUAUUCGAUUUUUAGUUCUAAGCAUAUUUUUACUUUGA